CCGAAAGCCGCGAACACUGUGUGUCUUUCAAGAAACCUUGAACGGAAUCCGACGAGCUGUGUCUACUCUCUCUGGAAAGGUUAAGGACAGGAAGAAGAAACAGUUUGAUCGGAGUUUCAGGUGCAGCAUUCUAGGGCCGUCGUAACCGUACACGGGUGUCCGUACGAAGGGGCAUGGAGAAGUACGGUCGGGCCAGGAGGGUUCGCAAUCGGAUCCGUCCAUGGAGUGGAGCCGAGACCGGGCUUGAAGAACCUAUGUGGCGGUUGGGUUUGAGCAGCUGUAGCGGCCCUAGCGGUGGAGGACGCGAUGGUGGGCAAUUUGGGUACCCGGAACGGCCGGACGAGGCUGAUUGCAUAUACUAUUUGAGGACCGGAUUUUGCGGGUAUGGGUCUUGGUGCCGGUUCAAUCAUCCACGUGACAAUGAUUCUGGGAGCUGCAAGAGCUGGUGGAGAGGAGUAUCCACAGUGAAUGGGUCAGCCUGUGUGCCACAGUGA